ACACUACCUUUUGCAAUUCUCUGAUCACAAACCCAUAUAUCCAGGCCAAAUCUAUCUCUCAAUUCUAUUGGUCUCUCUACUCUUCCCCAUGAUCCCUGCUUACAUGACUUCUCCUUUCCCCUUUGACCUCAAUUACAGCACUGCAGAUCACUAUGAUGAUGAUAAUAAUGAUGGUGAUGAUCAAAACCCCAAGCUUUUCUUUGCUUCAUCAUCAAACUAUCAAGCUGCUCCUGCUGUAGUAGCUUCUUCAUCUUCCAAUAAUAAUCACUCUUCAUCUUCUUCCCAUCUUUUCUUGAACUAUGAUCCUCAAUUUUACCAGCCACCGGCCCUAAACGCGAAUGAUAAUUGUGGAUCAUAUGAUAUGGAGGCCAAGAAACGGAGGAAAGAAGAGGAGAAAUAUGAGAAUCAAAGUGAGAAAAGUGCAGAGAAAGUGAUGAUGGUGCCUGCAAAGAUGAAGUUGGUGAAGAAGGUGAGGAGUUCAGAUCGCGCAAACAUGGAAGUGGUGACAAAUGUUAGUGCAACGAAGAUUGAAGAUCAUCAUCAAAAGGGGCCAUUAUUAAUAUCUUCUUCCUUGGAAACUGAUCACAGCAGCAACAGCUCCUCCUCCAACAAUUGCGGAAAUGGAAAUAAUGUCCCCAUAGUUAGGGUUUGUGCGGAUUGUAACACCACCAAGACCCCUCUUUGGAGAAGUGGUCCUAAAGGCCCCAAGUCGCUCUGCAACGCAUGUGGAAUAAGGCAAAGGAAAGCGAGACGAGCCAUGGCGGCUGCGGCGGCGGCUGCAGCCACGGCAAAUGGCGGCGCAAACGGAACCGCCCCAUCUUCACCGUCAACGUUAAAGCUGAAGGUGCAAAAGACGACGGCGAAGAGCAAUAAUAACUACCCAUUGAAGAAACGGUGCAAAUUCGUGACGGCAACGGCGGAAACGUCGGCGCCGUCAAGCGCCGCCGCCGCAAAGAACGGCGUGGAGGAUUUCUUGAAGAAGCUAAGCAACAGCUUGGCGCUCCACCGCGUGUUCCCGCAAGACGAGAAGGACGCCGCUAUCUUGCUAAUGGCCAUAUCCUGCGGCCUUGUUCAUGGCUAAUUUUCUGCUUAAUUAUUUUUAUUUUAUUUCAAUUCAGCAAAGUAUUAGUGAGUUAAUUAUUAGGCUUAAUUAUUAUGAUGAAUUAGUGAUCGAGUUUGAGUGUGCAAUUAAGGAACAGCAAAACAUUAUUAAUCCGAGGUUUUAGCUGUUCAUGAAUAAUUAUUUUAAGUUUAAUUUGUGUAUGUGGCGAUAAUGAUAUUGUUAGGGGAGAUUAUAUUAGAAUUGUAAUGAUUUUGGAACAUGAUUAUGAGGACAAGAUAAAGCCACUGAUGCUCUCUUGUUCUUAAUGUAUGAGUAUGAUUUGCCUUCU